GAGUUCCCCACCAGAGUUGGGCAAUUGAUGUUUGUAUCCCCCGAUGGCCACAGGGCCUCACUAGUCAGAUCUCAACUGUAAUCAAAGUGAAUGGAUCGAACUUUAUAAUCAAACGCUUGAUACCCACUGCAGGACCAGUUACAUCCUAAAAACAGGACAGUGAGUUUCAAUAACCCAAACAGAGUGUCAAGCACACUGGGUUCGACCGAACCUGAGGAAUCAGAAGCUUUUAAAUGUAUUCUCUAGAUGUCACAUUGAAGAGUUGAGACUUGAGUGCUGCUCAGGUGGAACCCUGGAGCUGAUAACCUAACAGAGGAGCUGGAAGCCUGACAGGCCCUCUCUGCAGUUAACGUGUCAACGCAUCCCUGCUCUGGUUAAUCAAAAUCCAGAUCCAAAGUGAGACAUUGAAGGAGUCUAAAGUACAUCGCAGGCAGCAAGAUCCUCUGUGGACUGCAGCUGUGCCACAAUGGGGAAGACUGGGAAGAGUACAGUGGACUUGAACUCCCCAUCGGAAGUCAAAGAAGCAGUCCCCACUGACAACAUGGAUGGUGUAGCUCCCUCUGCAGACAAGAAAAACGAAGACAUUCCUGACAGGGGGAGCUGGAAAGGAAAGUUUGACUUCCUGCUGUCUUGUGUGGGAUACGCUAUUGGCUUAGGAAAUGUCUGGAGAUUUCCUUAUUUAUGUGGAAAAAACGGCGGGGGAGCCUUCCUCAUCCCGUACUUCAUGACGCUGGUGUUUGCUGGGAUUCCCCUGUUCUUUCUGGAGACAGCUCUGGGACAGUUCACAUCAGUGGGGGGACUUGGGGUGUGGAGACUCAUUCCCAUGAUGAAAGGUGUUGGUCUGGCUGCAGUGGUCUUGUCUUUCUGGCUCAACAUCUACUACAUCGUCAUCAUUGCCUGGGCUCUAUAUUAUUUGUUUAACUCCUUUAGUUCGGAACUGCCUUGGCAGAGCUGUAAUAACCCUUGGAAUACAGUUAACUGUUUUUCCAACUACUCCCUUACGGACACCACAAACCUCUCCAGUGCUGUAACAGAGUUUUGGGAGCGUAACAUGCACCAGCUGACUGGUGGUCUGGAGGAACCAGGAGAGCUGCGCUGGCCUCUAGUGGGCACUCUGGCUCUAGCGUGGACCCUUGUCUACUUUUCCAUCUGGAAAGGAGUGGAAUGGACUGGAAAGGUGGUUUAUUUUUCAGCCACUUAUCCAUACGUCAUGCUCUUCAUUCUGUUCUUCCGAGGAAUCACACUGCCCGGUGCCAUCGACGGGAUCCGUUUCUACAUUACUCCAGACUUCAAUAAACUUGCCCGAUCUGAGGUGUGGCUGGAUGCAGCAACUCAGAUCUUUUUUUCAUAUGGACUGGGUCUCGGCUCACUCAUUGCACUGGGAAGCUACAACCCUUACAACAAUGAUGUCUACAAGGAUUCCAUUAUAGUCUGCUGCAUCAACUCCUGCACCAGCAUGUUUGCAGGACUUGUCAUUUUCUCAAUUGUGGGCUUCAUGUCAUACAUAACAAAGAAACCUGUGCAGGAACUGGCUGCAUCUGGGCCCGGCUUAGCAUUUUUAGCUUAUCCUCAGGCUGUCACCCAGCUUCCCCUUUCCUCUCUAUGGGCUGUCCUCUUUUUCUCCAUGCUACUGAUGCUUGGCCUGGACAGUCAGUUCUGUACAGUUGAGGGUUUCAUCACAGCUCUCAUGGAUGAGUACCCUUUGGUGUUAAGGAAGAGGAAAAAGGUCUUCAUCCUAAUUGUUUGCUUCAUCUCCUUCAUCAUCGGCUUCUCCAACAUCACUCAGGGUGGUCUGUACGUGUUCAAGAUGUUUGAUUACUACUCUGCCAGUGGAAUGUGUUUGCUGUUCCUCGUCUUCUUUGAAACCACUUCUAUAUCCUGGUUUUAUGGAGCUGAAAGAUUUUACAAGAACAUUGAGGACAUGAUCGGCUAUAGGCCAUGUGUCUGGUGGAAGCUCUGUUGGCUGGUCUUUACGCCUCUCAUUUGUCUGGGAGUGUUCACCUUUAGUGCCAUCGAGAUGACCCCUCUGACUCUUGGGAAAUAUGUGUUUCCUAUGUGGGGCCAAGUGAUUGGCUGGUUCAUGGCUAUGUCGUCCAUGGUAUUGAUCCCUGGCUAUGUCAUCUAUAUGUUUUGCAUCACCAAGGGCAGCUUUAAACAGCGUUGGCGGAGGAUGACAACUGCCCAGGAGGAAGGGAAGCCAUUGGAGCGUGAAGAACUCACACGUGUAGGGAGCGUGGGCGAAGCUCCUGUAUAGCCAGGGUCGCUAAUGUUGAACAGAUCUGACUGCUGCACUAACAUUUAACAAAUGGGAGUCUCAUCCCCAGAAAAAAGCACUUUAGCCUUUUUAAACUGUGCCGGAAAAUGGUUAAUUAAUGUAAAUGCAUAAAAUAUAAAAUGUGAAGAUGAAUUAUUUGUUGCAGUGGAAAUUUGGCUAAAAAGCAUGCUCUUUGACUGCAAAUAUUUAGCUCACCCAAAUGCACCGAAUGCUUUAGUAUAGAUAAAAUGAACAAUCAAACACUCACUUUAAAACACACCAUGUUCAUGCCAAUAAAAAAAGUUAGUUUUGGGUUAACCAUGUAUACGUUCUCUACGUUCUUAGGGACCUCUAAAAAAAUUUAAAAAACGGGUAUUUUAUUUAUGUUGAUGCAAAAGCUCUUGCUCGGACAGCUUUGAGAUUUAAUUUUUGUAUUAUUGAAUUAAUAUUGUUAUAAAUACUUUUAAUAAAGUAAUUUUAACAUACAUGCAUAAAAUGUGGGAUUGAAGUUUCAAAAAUGAAGAACUACAACUGUUGUUAUGAACAAACAAAAAAGUCCAGAAUUUUGAACCAAAUAAGAUUAAUAGAAAGAAAUGUCAAGGACUUUUUAAACUAAUGAUAAUGCACAUAUGUGACUGUUUUUUAUGCUUCUUUAAUUUUCCUUUAGUCAAUAAUGAUUUGUAAACUCAAGGGGAUUGUGUCUAAAAACCAUUCAGCUUUUGUUAAAUGAGAUGCAGAAGGGCUGCAAGGUAAUUUAGGGACUUUUUUUCCCGUCUUGUGUCUUGUUUCUGGAAAUGCUUUACUUUAUCCAACAGUUUUUAGCUUCCUUUUAAUGUCAAAUUUGAAAAAAUAAGAUAAAAACAUAAUUAUAUAUACAAGUAUUGCAGAUGUGCUCUGUCUGUACUCCUAUAAACAGUAUAUAAAAUUAAAGACUGUCACAGAAACUGCGUUCUUCA